CCAAUGUCGUUGUUUCUAAUGCUAAAAUGUCUAAUAUUUAUAGCAUAUGUGAAAAGUGUUGACAUUGAAAACGAAAUAUAAUGAAAUAAAUAGCAGUAAUGUUUAUAUUUUUGGUUUUUGAAGUAGAAAGAAAUAGAAUUACCUCCACAUUCCAAUUACCUUGAGGCUACUUAACCUCAAUUUGUGUGGAAGCGCAGCUCCAACAACACAGCUCAUACAUAAGACAAUGCACUAUUAGUGACAUUAAUUUCUAAUAUGGGCAGCCAAACAAAACAAAUUGCAUGCAGCUUAGUUAGUAAGGAGCGAUCCGGACUAACACAAGCCGAAUUAUCGGAAAAUGCCGCAAGAGAAUUACAAGAGAUUCGCAAAUUACUGUGGGGUCCCAACAUACGUGUGGAUGUGUUUCGACGUUGGUCCCAAGGCUUCGAAUUUAGUGAUACAGAACCAUCAGCUUUGGUGCAGAAAGAGGGUGGACCAUGUGCUGUGAUAGCGCCCGUACAGGCAAACCUGUUAAAAAUACUUAUUAUGGAUACGCCAGGUCACUUUCUCAAAGACCUCACGCAAGAUAAGUGUCGACACCUGUUAAUACAAGCGUUAUGCGCCAUUCUGAGUAAGUGCUGUGCCAAACGCUUUCGAAUUGUUUCGCUGCCGAUGGAGCAAUGCGCGGAAGCCAAAGAAGUCGUGAACGCCGCAAGUGACAUUCCAGAUGUAAAGCUGAGUACAGAAACUUUGGAAGAGGCUACGACAGAACCGGUCGAUGCUGGUGCGGCAACUACCGUGCGUGUAGCCGAUGCACGUGAGGUCUCUUCAGAUGCAUAUCAUGAGGGUCUACAAGUACUAAACUUUGACACGAUUGAAGAAGUGGAGAAAUAUUAUACGGAACACUGGCAAGUGCUCUCUGGCCAAUAUGGCGUUAUGCUCUUCCUUUAUUCAGUGCUGCUCACGAAGAACAUUGAUAAUGUUAUUUCGGAAUUGUCCGAUACCUCUGAGCCGCUGAUACACAAUACAUAUGGCUAUGGGUCGCAAGCGCUCAUCAAUCUAAUGUUAACAGGACGCGCUGUAGCGCAUGUAUGGGAUAAUGAUCAGGAUGUUGGUGGCUUAAAGUUGCGCGGCAUUAAUGAGCAAAGCGAUAUUGGUUUUAUCACAUUAAUGGAGCAAAUGCGUUAUUGCACCGUCGGUUCAUUCUAUAAGAAUCCCAAAAACCCUGUUUGGGUGAUGGGUUCAGAGACGCAUUUAACUGUGCUGUUUAGUACUGAAAAGAGGCUGGUGUCACCCGAAACACCUUCAGAGCUGGCAAGACGCGUUUUCAAAUCGUAUGAUCCUGAAGGUAAUAAUUUUAUACCGGCCGAUGUGCUACAAGAUGUUUUGGCCGCAUUGGAUUUGGUCAACGAGCCUGAGUAUGUGGAAAUCAUGCAAAAACGUCUCGAUCCGGAGGGCUUACACAUUAUUCUCUUAAAUGCAUUUAUGGACGAGUUCUUCCCACAGGAGCAGCGAUCAACACCUGAUACAUUUGAUUUAAUGCACUACAAUGGCAUACCCGGUUCAAAUGAAGGCAACAAAGUACGUUAUUGUAAAGGUUCUGCCAUAUUGCUUGAAAGCGACUUAAAAUCGGUAUGCAUCUCCAAUCCAAUGCUAACAUGUUUGCAGACAAAGUGGCCAAAUAUUGAAAUUAAUUGGCAUGACAUGCGGAUACCAUCGUUGAAUUGACGACACAUUGCUAUAAGCCAAUACCCUAUGCAAUAAUGCAUAAUGCACACAAAUCGAAUCGCUAAUUUAAAGCAAUUUUGUUUAUUUUUGCCGCAUACAAGAUGACUUCAUACAAAGUCAAAUGAAAGCGGCGAGCUGUUAUAAUACUAAAUAUGAAAUAUGGAUAUGUUUUUGCAAAGCACAGAAUACAAAAAAGGAUUAUAAUUUCAGUUAAAACUUACUAGAACUAAUUUCUUAACAUUUUUUGCAUUUUUCUUGUCAUAUUCAAAACUUCUUUAUUCCUAAUUUCUAAUAACUACUUAAAAAACAAACAGAAAUAAGAAAUAGUUGCAAGAAAAAACGUGAGAAAUAUAUUAUUGUUCAAAAAAUAUGUAAUUGCAAUAGAUUAGCGACAAUUUACGAACCUAUUUAGAGUUCCCACAGGAAAUUAAUUAAAAAUGAUAAAGAAAAAAGCAGCGUAAAAGCAAAUAUAUCUCUUCAUAAACAAACAAUACAAAAAGUAAUAAAAAUGUUAAUGAAAGUAAAAUUAAUAGUUAAUGUAAUUAACACAAGUUUUAUUAAAUUAACUUCUAAACAACUAACUGUAGUUUAUUAAAGUAACUUAAAUGGCAAACACACAACAAAAGCAACAGCUUGUAAUCACGCAUUUCAGCGUUUCACAUUGAAAUAAACAUACAAAUUACACAAUCACAAGUAAAGCGAAGGCAAACUUAGCUGGCAAUGUAGAAAAUUAAAAUUCAAAAAACAAAAAAAACUAACAGCGAAAUUAAGACAAACCAAUAACAAUAACACGGUUCAAAGAUGCAUAUACAUUUUUGUGAGUAACGAAGUAUUUGAAAGUGCAAAAUUAGGUGGAUUCGGAAUGCCAUAUUUUGAAUAUAUCGUAAAAUGAUCAAAUCUUUAUUUAUAGUAUUAUUUGUAUAAAUUCAUAACAGCUAUUUAUGUUCCUUGAAUGUGACUUCCUUACUUGUUUUUAUUAUUUAUUUCGUUAAAAUUUUAUACAAUAAAAUAUUAGCUUUUCACGUAAAUAAAUUCCUUUCAUGGCCUUUAAAUGCAAUUAAAUGCAUUUGUAAUUAUAAAGCAAACGAAAAAAGAACUUGAGUAUAACAUUCAAUAAUAUUUAAACCUAAAGUAAAGAAUUUAAUAAUGAUUAUUAUAAUAUAUUUCGAAUUCUAUGGUAUUCAAGACGUAUGAAAUAGACGAACAUUGUACGGCAUAAAGGGUUUGCACAGAAAACAAUUAUCAAAGUAAUGAAAAAAAAUUAAAACAAGCAUGUUGUGCAUAUUAUCUAAGUCUUAAUUAAAUACAUGAAAAUUAAUAUAGAAAAACAAUAAAAACACACGUACACAUUU